AUGUUAAAUGAAGAGAGAGGAACGCUUUGGUCGAAAUUCGAUUCUAUUCCAAAUAAGUUAUUGCAGUUUUUCAUACGAAACACAGAAGUUGAAGACAAGGAUAUUGCUGAAAUCGAGCAAACUGCGGAUAAUUCCAAAUGUAAUGGUUGGCAGAGACUGAAGAAUAUAUAUAUUAAUAAAGAUAUGUGUUUUGAGACAAGUAUAUUGAUGCCAUGUAUGGAAUGGACAUUUAUUGGUACAGUACUCUUCACUGGUCCUGUAGGAUGGCAGAGAGCUGCUGACCGUUAUAAUCGUUAUGCGAAGGGACGAGUAUUUCUUAGUCCGCGUGAUGCACUGAGGCGUAAAUGGGAUUAUGCGUUUGCAUCAUUUUUACGCACGGGAGCAAUUAACGGUACUCUGGCAGCACUGUAUGUUGGAUGUGUGGUAGCAGCAAUCACACACGUUGCAGCAUGGCGUGGCCAUUUCUCGCUUUGGACCGUUCCCGUUAUUACAACCUCAAUACCCUCUAUAAUUGCAUGUCCACUUGGUUUGCGAAAAAUGGUGCAAGCAGCAAGUCUUGGAUUGACCUGCGGGUUAACACUGUCGCUAAUCGUGUUUAGCGUAUCACACAUUUCUAGUCAGACAAUAGACGACACAUAUCAACAAUUCAAACAAGAGCAUGAGUUGGUAUUCAGGGCUGAACGAAUUAAAGAAGAAAAUGCUAAACUAUAUCAAAAAGAGCACAAAAUUUGGUCCAGAAGUUUGGCGAAACUUCUGAUGGAUAAGAAUGAAAAGCUAGAGGAUGAAAUUUCUGAAAACUCUUCAAAAUAA